AUGUCUGUCUAAGUUGUCAGCCAUGAGGGGGAUAAACUGUUCCUGUUACCUUUCUGGUGCACGCCACAGGACUGCGAUUUCUACAUCAAAUGUAAACUGCCUCUACCUGCCUCCACCUCCCUCUACCUGCCUCCGCCUCCCUCCCUCCACCUAACUCCCUCCACCUCCCUUCACCUCCCUUCACCUCCCUCCAACUCCCUCCAACUCCCUCCACCUCCCUCCAACUCCCUCCAACUCCCUCUACCUCCCUCCACCUCCCUUCACCUCCCUUCAACUCCCUCCACCUCCUUCCACCUCUCUCCCUGCACCUCCCUCUACCUCCCUCCCCCCACCUCCUCCACCUCCCCCCACCUCCUCCACCUCCCUCCACCUCCCUCCAUCUCCCUCCAUCUCCCUUCACCUCCCUCCAUCUCCCUCCAACUCCCUUCACCUCCCUCUACCUCCCUCCACCUCCCUCCAACUCCCUUUUCCUCCGUCCACUUCCCUCCAACUCCCUCCAACUCCCUCUACCUCCCUCUACCUCCCUUCACCUCCCUCUACCUCCCUCCAACUCCCUCUACCUCCCUCCAACUCCCUCUACCUCCCUCCACCUCCCUCUACCUCACUCCAUCUCCCUCUACCUCACUCCACCUCCCUCAGUCUCCCUUCAACUUCCUCCACCUCCCUCCACCUCCCUCCACCUCCCUCCACCUCACUCCACCUCCCUCUACCUCACUCCACCUCCCUCCAACUCCCUUCACCUCUAUUCCCCCCCUCCAACUCCCUCUACCGUCCCUCCACCUCCCUCUACCUCACUCCAUCUCCCUCUACCCUCCCUCUACCUCCCUCUACCUCCCUCUACCUCCCCUCUACCUCCCUCCACCUCCCUCUACCUCCCUCCACCUCCAUUCACCUCCCUCCACCUCCCUCUACCUCACUCCAUCUCCCUCUACCUCACUCCACCUCCCUCAGUCUCCCUUCAACUUCCUCCACCUCCCUCCACCUCCCUCAACUCCCUUCACCUCCCUCAACUCCCUUCACCUCCCUCAACUCCCUUCACCUCCCUCCAUCUCCCUCUACCUCACUCCACCUCCCUCUACCUCACUCUGUCUCCCUCCGUCUCCCUCUACCUCCCUCCACCUCCCUCCAACGCCCUCUACCUCCCUCCAACUCCUUUCACCUCCCUCUACUUCCCUGCUGUGCUCAUCAAACACACUCGGUUCAUUCUGUCCUAUUCAUCUGACUCUAGUCUAG